GCGUGCGUACGCGCGUGCGUACGUACGUGCGUGCAUGCUGACGUCACGGCCUCGCCUGGCGGCCUGCGCGGUUACCGAGCGCCGCUGAGGAGCUGCCGCCGUGCGAGGGCCGGGCCUCAGCGAGCAGAGCCGGGCCGCGGGGUUAUGAGGCCGAGCGCCGCCGCCUCCUCGUGAGGAGAAGCAGCAGCGGGCGCGAGGAGCGCGGCAGGAAGCCAUUUUGUGGGCCUCCUUCCUCCUCCUCCUCCUCCCCCCUCCUCCUCCUCCUCUUCGUCGUCGUCGUCGUCGUUCGCCGCCGCCGCCGCCCUCAACGAGCGGCGCGGGCCGUGCUGCUGCCGGCAGGGGGGAGGCCGGGGCGGCCGCUGGGUGCGGGGGGGGGCGAGCGGGAGGAGGCCGCAGCCGCUCCCCAUGGCGAAGAAAACCUACGACCUGCUCUUCAAGCUGCUGCUGAUCGGGGACUCGGGGGUCGGCAAGACCUGCGUGCUCUUCCGCUUCUCCGACGAUGCCUUCAACACCACCUUCAUUUCCACCAUCGGGAUAGACUUCAAGAUUAAAACGGUUGAAUUGCAAGGAAAGAAGAUCAAGCUACAGAUAUGGGACACAGCAGGGCAGGAGCGAUUUCACACCAUCACCACCUCCUAUUACAGAGGUGCCAUGGGGAUCAUGCUAGUAUAUGACAUCACCAAUGCCAAGAGCUUUGAAAACAUCAGCAAGUGGCUCAGAAACAUAGAUGAGCAUGCCAAUGAAGAUGUGGAGAGGAUGCUGUUAGGAAACAAGUGUGACAUGGAAGAUAAAAGAGUCGUUCCUAAAGCAAAAGGUGAACAGAUUGCUAGGGAGCACGGUAUUAGGUUUUUCGAAACUAGCGCAAAAGCAAAUAUAAACAUUGAGAAGGCAUUCCUCACAUUAGCAGAAGACAUUCUUCGAAAGACGCCUGUAAAAGAGCCCAACAGUGAAAAUGUAGAUAUCAGCAGCGGAGGUGGGGUGACGGGCUGGAAGAGCAAGUGUUGCUGAACGUUCUCCUCUCUCACCAAUCGCCAUCCACCGCCCCUUUUUUCUCGCUGCAAAACAAACCACUCUGUCCGUUUUUAACCUUAAACCAAUGUUUUGUUCCUCAUCUUAACGAGCUCCUGUCUCCCUUUGUUCUCCCGUUUAGGACCGCUUGCGUACUCUUAAUUUCCUCAUCGUGCGUAGGGAAAUCAUCUCCGUGACUUCAUUUUUUUUAAUGUACCUGCUCCACUUACCACUACGGUUUGGUUGUAUGAUAGUCCCGCUCCUCCCGACAUUAAAACGUAGAGCGAUCGUACUCAACUCUCUUCUGCAAAUUGUAUAAGAAUAAAAGUUAGAAUUAACAAUUUAUUUUGUACGACAGUGGAAUUUUCUGUCAUGGAUAAUGUGCUCGAGUCACCGUAUUCACUAGAUGCAUCAGCAAAAGAGCCAGGAAAACACUCAUGUUCGCCUUGAGUAUGUGAAUGGGGUUUCUUUUGUCCUGUGCCUUACGUGGAAAGGAACUUUUAUUUUCACUUUGAUUUCUCUUCUGGUGGAAGCAUGUGCAGGAGACGUUCCAUCCAUCCCCGACCAUUCUCGAUACCCAGCUCCUUUGUGAUUGCUUUCUGUAACUGUUGGUGUCAUGCAUCGAGGACAAAGGGUGGUGCAAAAAAAAACAAAAAACAAAAAAAAACAAAAAAAAACCAACAAAAAAAUACCGAUCCUCCAUUUAAUCUGCUGCGUCUCCUUUUGGUGAUCCCGCCAUUCGGAACUGUUCCCGCUGCCGUUUUCUUUUCUCACUCGCAGCUCUUUCCUUUUGCCUGCAUGCUGCUUUUAUUUGCUUUCCUUCCUGGUGUGAUGUGUUAAUUAAAAAGGAUGGCAACGUGGUAUGUUUGCCAAAAAAUUUAAUACAAAGCACUGAUUUAGCUUUCAAGGUAAGAUGUUGACGAUACCUACUAAUUUCCCUCUAGCCAAUGUCAGUUCACUAGUAUAUCCUCUCUCCUCCUGCAUAGCCGUUGGGUUUUAUGAUAUGGAAGAGUUAUUUGCAUGCACUAGUUUUCUAUGGAGGGUGAUGUGGUUGUCUACUUUAUGUGUAUGAAUAUAACAUGCGAUUCCCAAACUGACAGCAUUUCCCGUCAACUGUUGCAGUUCUCUCUCCCCGUUAGCCGCUCCAACACCGAGCUGUUGGGCAGCCGCGCACGAGGCCGAGUCAAAACUAGGUUAGAAAGGAAUGAUAGAGACAAAACGAAGACAAAAGUCAGCAGUUUUAACUUAUUACCUCCCCGAAAACCUUCCACUUCCCGAGCCUCGCGUUUCUCUCCAAGCUCGCUCUUGUCCGCUUGGGUUUUGGACUUUCUCCAGUCAAUAACGUGGUGGAUAACGCUGGUUGAAUUGGAAUGAAAUGACAGUGUUUGAACAUGGAGAUCCCGGCCGGGAGCCGCAUCCCGCGUAGAGACGCGGCCACGCAGCUCCCUGUCCCGUUGGGCUCCACCUCCCGCCUAACCUGCACUUUGGAACGUUCUAUCAAAAAAAAAAAAAAAAAAAAAAAAAAAAAAAAAAAAAAAAAAAAAAAAAGGGAAAAUGGAGAAAACAGACAUCUUUUUUUUUUUUUUUUCCGUUUGUUUGUUCGUUUGUUUGUUUGUUGUUUUUUUUUUCUUUAAUAUAUAAUCUUUUCUUUGAAACGUGAGCUUUUUAUUUGCUCCUGGGGCUUGGCUCCUUCUGUGUCAACCCAUCGGGACCCUCUGUAGGCGCUGUGCUGGUGGCUCCCACCCCUUAGACCCAACCUCGCCAUGACCUUGGCCAAGUCUUUAACCCCCAACAUCGCUACGGGUUCUGCUUCCCUUCGUGCAAAAAAAAAAAAAAAAACAAAAAAAAACCUGAAUGUUGAGCGUGUAGCUUGGCUUGGCUUGGUUUCUAGUGGAGUGCGAGGCCCAGCUGAGGAGGAGCGAGCAACCAGAGUGGGUUCGGCCGCUCCGAGGUCACGAGUCACGGUGCCGGGCCGUAGCUGCGCCGCUCCAGCACUAAGUGCAGCCUGGACGCGGGGGUCAGAGCGGAGCCAAGCCCGCUGCCGCUCCCUGGGGCCGCUCCUUCGGGCACGGCCCAAAUAACCACGAAUUCAAUUGGUCCUGACGAACUAAACCCCAAAAGUUGAUCUGUGAGCGCCUCAAGCAGCCGGGGCCGGGGUGGAAGCCGCGCUUCGUCCGACCGCGUUUGGAUGGUGGAAAAAAAAAAAAAACAAAAACAACAACAACAAAAAAUAAGAAACAACCAAACAGCAUCGACUUCAGGUCUAGGAUUUAACUCCCAUGCCUACAAUUUUUUACUUAAUCUUUUAAUAUUUUUGCUACUCCACUCUGGCUUUUUAUUUAAAACACAUUCUUUUGUACCACUUAACUGUAUCAAAUUGUAUAAAAAGAUCACUGUCCCAUUCUUGGUCAUACCAAGAGCAAAUAAAAGCUUUUAUAAACUUG